ACAAGACGUCAGUAAACAGCCAGUGGUGGGGCGUGCAGUUGACGAAUGCUGAAUGCCGAAGAGCUUCUGGAAGACUUUCCGACGCGAACUCAAGGUGUGCGUGUAGCCGGUGCACACCGAAAUACCAUCACAACGCGGAGCUGACACGGCGCGUGAGUGAAUUCCAGCUGUUGUGGCUGUCGGCCGGCAAACAAUCGCGCAUCGUUCGCCGAUCGCCGACAUUUUGUUUUGGACUGCUGUGAAUUCCUAUCGAGCCACAGCUACAGCUGGAAUCCGACCGAAAAGUGUCUUUAGUAUCAACACGAGGAAAGCAAAUAAAAAUGAUGGUUGGACGCGCGGCGUGCUGAAGCAGGUUGAGUUUGCAUUUUGGUUUGAGGAGAAAAAAAAGGAAGGACGCAGGUAUCGAACGGCAAUAAUUAAUCCGAUAAUACUUUGAUCACCUGCGAGGUGCACACGGCUUCGAAAUGGAUAUGCGAGGCAGGAAAUUAUCGACGCAAGGGGAUUCCCUCUAUGAAAUCCUCUCGCUGCCGAAAACCGCCACCGGCGACGACAUAAAAAAAACCUACCGCCGGCUGGCGCUCAAGUUCCACCCGGACAAGAACCCCGACAAUCCGGACGCCGCCGACAAGUUCAAGGAGGUGAAUCGCGCGCACUCCAUCCUCAGCGACACCACCAAGCGCAACAUCUACGACAACUACGGCUCACUGGGCCUGUACAUUGGCGAGCAGUUCGGCGACGAGAAUGUGAACACUUACUUUGUGGUCACAUCCCCGUGGUGCAAGGCGUUAUUCUUCGUGUGCAGUAUCGUGACUUGCUGUUGCUGCUGUUGUUGUCUCUGCUGUUGCUGCAACUUCUGCUGCGGCAAGUGCGCGCCGCGGCCGCCCGAGGAUAGCGGCGACUAUCACAAUCUCCAUACGGAGAAUAAUCUAGAGGGCACAUCAGGUAGCGCCGGUGCAGGCAACCAAACACGGACGAAGGAAGACGUCGAUGAAGAUUUGGGCCAUGGCGACAGUCCACCGGUGACGACACAACCCUCGCCAUCGCGUGCGAAUGCCUCCGCGCAGCCCGUGUUUGCCAUGCCGGCGCCGCCGCCCAAAGACGAGUCCGCAGCGCUCAAUUCCGGCGAGCAUCCCGUUUACACACCAGGUAUGACGACGAAUUCGUGGUAGUCAAGCACUGGAAUUCACUUCACUAAUCUGGAUGGACGGAUGCGUGUGGAAUCGUCGCGAAAUUGCUGAAGAUACAGAAAAAUACCAAACACCAAACGACGCGCGCGCCACCACACAUGAUAACUACCUAUUACCUCCUCUGUCUUGUUAUAAUUAUGCGAUUAUUCUCUUGUCCUCCAUGUUUACACACCAUUCACACACACACUACACACGCGUCUGCGCACUAACAGUAUAAGCUGACCAAAGCUAUAUUUUAUCCGCUCUUAAUCACGACACUUCUUCGUUCGCGAUCUCGAAAAUGAUACAUAUACAUGCUAUCCGGAAUUACGACACUAAUGUCUUAUAUUAUGAUGUAUAUCAAUAGCGUUGCCUUUUGUUAUUAUUAUUACUAUUACUACGAUUAUUUGUUGGUUGUUGAUUUGUAAGAGAAAACGGUUACGUCCACAUACACACUGCGAGAUGCAGGCGCAGAGAUUUUCGAAACAUACGAACGAAAUGUCAAAUAUUUAGCCUACUUAUACACACUUAUUGAGUAUUGAACUAUUGAAGAUCUACGAGUAAUUAAAUGAUACUUAUUCUAAUCGA